AUGCUGUCGAAUAAUGACAUUAUUGCUAGCUUUUCGCCGCAUUCUAAAAGCUUCGCUUUCAGGUCCAACGGUCUGCAAAGGAAAUAUGUCGAUCUGUACCCAUUGAGCGAAGAAAGCGAUUAUCAAGUUACCAGUUCGCAGGCACACCACAUCGACUACGAAAGCUGCGAUUUGCAGCUUGAAGAUUUAAAAUUGACGACGUGGUGCUCGGAGAACAGUCAAGGUUCAAAAACUAAGCGGAAAAGGACUGAAAUUGAUGUAACUGGCAAUGAACAAUUAGGAAAUGCAAAAACGAUAGAGGAAUAUUUUGUGAACGUUUUCAAAGGUGGGAAAAUUGUGGUCUUUUCGCCCACGGGAAAAGAAAUCGUCAAUAUAAUAAAAAACAAGCAAGAAAUUCUGGGACUUGGGUUUUCGGGUUCCACGCUAUGGAUUCUGGACGCCGACAAAACAAUCAAGCACUUCGACUACCGUUCCUCGAAACCCUUGAAAACAUUCCAUUUGGUGGACGGUAAAAAUGAUGAAAUUACGCAUCUACAAGUGCUGGAAUGGCAAGACAGCGUGCUGCUGGCAGUUUUCACCACGACCAACCUAUAUAUUGUGGAUUCCUCGAAGAGACGUCCCUCCACUGUGGUGAACAUGGAUUUGCCUAUGGGAAAGCGCUGCGUUUUGGGUGCUGAUGGGCAGUUGAUCGUUGCCGGAUCCGACAAGGUUCACGUUGUCGAGUUGAAAACUGGGAAAGUGGUGUCCAAAUGGAAAUUUCAAGCCGCAGGACUCAAGUACCAAGAUGGCAAGGUGUUUGCCCAAUCCGUUGACGGAGCUGUGUCCGUUUUCGAACUUGGUAAUCAGGGUGAAAUUUGCUCACUCAGAUGUCAGCAUUCCAAAAUUAUCGACUUCACAUUAUUGAACUCUGGCAUAAUAAUUGCAUGGCUCAAUGUUAAUGAGCCCAAAUUUGAGCACGUUACAUUUGACGUGCUCCUCAAGAGCCGCGAAAUUAUCUUCGAUCAAGACCAAAAAGCUUCUCCAGAGGCUGCGGAGGUCGCAGAAGCGGAGCCCAAGACAGAAGUUUUGGAAAAUCUCAAAAAUUCUAAGGCACAGGUAAAAAGCGAGGAUAACGCGGCUAUCCUUCUGCAGGCUUUAGAAGACGGUCAUAAUUCAGACGACAUUUUACGAAUUCUGGAAUCUGAUAGUUGGACUGAAGCUCAAAUUAAAGAAAUGGUCGAUCUCGAGCUAUCAGAAAAUCACGUACAGAGCAUAUUUCCAAUCCUAUCGCGCACAAUGGCCCAGAAUCCUCUGUCUACGAAUAGCAAGUCAUCGUGUUGGUUAAAAUGGCUUCUCACUCUAAGUCAUAAUAAGGUAUGCCCGCCGGACAACCGCUCGAAUCAAAAGGGACUGAAGCAAGUUCGCUCAGCUCUACGUCCUAGUGUGGAAUCCUACCCUCUCUUACUUUCGAUAAAGGGAAAGCUUGACAUGCUUAGUGAGCAAGCUAAACUUCGCCAAGAGUUUACUGCCUUGUCUAUGAGCUCAGAGGGCUCAAAUGCCAUUAACGACAAGGAUGAAGAAUUAAUCGAAGAGCAGGAACCCGUAUAUAUGAACGGAGAAGGAGAUGAGUACGUCGAUGCUGUUGAUUAUGCCGAGGAGCGUGUUGCCAAAGCCAAUGCAAACUGA